AUGCAAUUAGAUAAUCAACUUUUUACUUUUAUUAGAUCUGAUGAUGGAACUAGGCUUAAAAGAGCCAAAAUAAAAAAUCUCGAAGCGUUUAAAUUUUUACAAAAAUAUGCUGGUGAUUACGCGUUCGAUAUCGCUUAUCCUCAAGGAGAAAGUUUUGAUGAUAGCGAACCAGCCAUUGCGGCAGUCAUUGCGUCUAACCCAGAAGCAAAUUAUCCAAAAGACCAAAGGAAAGACCUAAAAGAACUAAAAAUUCAAGACAAUAGUUUAGGAGGAGAGCUUGACUUAAAUGCUGGUUAUAAUUCACUUACUGACCUAGAUUUUCUUAAUAAUCUUGACCCUAAUAAGUUAAAAGGAUUAAAAAUUCACCAAAAUAAUAUUCAAGAACAAGAUUUGUCUUGCUUUUCGCGGUUUACUAAUCUAACUGAUUUGGCCAUUGGCAACUGCUACAAUUAUGGCGGAGUGGAAGCCAUUGAUAAAGGAAAUUAUAACAAUUUUUUUGGCUCACUGCAACCUCUCCAGAACUUAAGUAGACUAGAAAAUCUUGCCAUUUGGAAUAGCAACAUCGAUUCCGGAUUAGAACAUUUGCCAGAAAACUUAAAAACAAUUCAUUGUUCUAAUGAAGGACCAGCUAAUUGA